GGACCCAGGAUUUCGCCAUCCCUCUCUCUAUUCGGGGCCGCUCGUGAGGGAAGAGUGCCCGGGCCCAACCGGACCUCCUUCCCCGUCCUCCUCGACUGACGUCUCUUGGGACCUUUCUUUCCAGAUCAGAAACCGGCAGACGAAGCUUGGAAUUACUUGUCCCAGAACAAGAGUCCAUGGACCUGAGCCGCCGAGCAGGUACCACCACUUUGACCAGGGCCCAUCUGAACCACGAGGGAGGCCAGCAGGACACGGACCCCUGGAGAACUGCCUGCAGCCCUGUGGGCACCUCCAAGUUCAAGUACCAGGCCCCAGUCUCCCCACAGCAGAGCCUGUACCGGGGAGGCAGCCCCCUAAGGCAGAUCCACUUGGAGGAGGUCCGGCCUCCACCCCCAACGGCCAUCAGUAGGGACUCUCUGUCCUCGGGGUUGGACCCACAGUGUGGGUCUCCGAGGAAGGCAGAUUACAGACCCUCCUCGAGGGAGAGCAGGGCUUCUAUCCGAGAGGGGGCUCCGCUGUGCCAGGGACUGAAGGAAGGUCCCAACGCGGGAGCCCAGGACCAGGAGAGCAGCGUCAUUCUUGACAACAUUCGUCACAAGUUUGGGAGCAACAUGGUGGACGAGCUGGUCUCUGAGGAGCAGGCUCAAAGGGCCAUCGGUGAAGGCUCUGAGGGCCAGAAGAGGGCCACCUCGUGGCCCAGCAGGACCCAGAGUCCCAUGGGAAUCAACGCCAUCUUCUCAGACUACUAUGAUCUGGGCUACAACAUGCGGUCCAACUUGUUUCAAGGUUCAAAGCUCAGCUCUGCCACUCCCUGGGUGUGGCCUCAGGCAAGAUCCUUCACCUCUUUCGGCCUCGGUCACCUCCUUGGCACCGUGGGGAUAAUAAUGAUGCUGUGGCCCUCAGUGGGUCAGUGACAGGAUUCUGAAGUGCCGCAUGAAGCCGCUUGGCCUGGGGCUCCAAAUGCUCCAAUGAAUCUCCAGUAAUGUGAUCUUCCCAAUCUUGCAAGAAAAUGUUAUUCCUUUGGAUAGAGGAAGAGGCCAAAGCUCUGAGAGGUUAAACACUGGCCUGAAGUCACACUCCAUGAAUGGCAGAGCUGGUGUUUGAACCCAGGCCCACCUCCUCACACCCCUACCUUCCACAGUCCACCAUCCAUUGGGGAAACUGACAUCCAGGUAUGAAACCCUGAGUGCCUGACCUUCGUUGACUUGAGGCUUCUGGGGAUUUCUUUAU